AUGGAACCACAAACCCAGCGACCAACCGAGGAUGGAGGAAGCAACAAAGCAGCCGGGAGUAGUGCUAAUAGGCUUUGUAGGCAGAGCAGUGCCAGGUGGACUCCCACUACAGAUCAGAUAAGAAUCCUCAAGGAGCUUUACUACAAAAAGGAAGUUAGGUCCCCAACUGCAGAGCAGAUUCAGAGGAUCUGUCUCCAGCUGAAACGGUACGGAAAGAUCGAGAGCAAGAAUGCCUAUUAUUGGUUCGGGAACCACAGGGCUCGGGAGAAACAGAAGAAGAGGUUCACUUCGGAUGUUCAUGUGCCCAUGCAAAGAUCAGGACUUGUUGGUAAUGGUAAUGGUACCAAUUGGAAACCUGAGGAUCAGUAUAUUAACUUCGGAUCUUCUGCAUCUGCUUCUGCUUCUUCAGCUGGUGUCAUGAUUGCUUUUAACGGGCAGAUGGGGAACUAUGGUGAUUAUGGAUCUAUGAACAUGGAGAUUGAAACCCUUCCUCUGUUCCACAUGCACGGUGAGGACAUCUUUGGCAACAUGAAGACUACUUCCGAGGGAGGUGGCGGCUACAGCUACUACUCCGGUGGAUGGGGCGGCUACGACGGUGGCUCUCACAUUUCCCUUGAGCUCAUCCUCAACUCCUACGGCUCGACCCUAUUUUCCCGCGAAGGUGUUUUCUCUGCGAGAGAAGAGACAAAGCUGUAA